GUGUACAGAAGUUAGGCCUAUUAGGCUGCAAUUCAUCAUGACUAAGGAGAUAACACUUCAGAAAAUGAAUAGCGCAAAACUCAUCCAAAGAGAGUGGUAAGUAUGUAAUAAACCUCAAAUAAACAGUUAGACAGACCGAUAUUGCCACUAAAUAUCCAGACUGGACUUAUUAGCUUCCGCCCCAGUCGAAUCAUUACAUCAGCGGUUCAUCACAGUACCCCGACACUUCUGACGAAGCGGCAGUGCAGACACAUUCAACAUGCCAAUGUGGAGGGGUCUGUGCUGUCACACAAAGGUUCCGUUUGUCAAAAUCUAAUAUUAACCGUGCUUUACAAGUUCCAGUCAUGUGCCACGUGGAGAAAUAAGUGACAAUGAUACAAUGUUAACAAUAAUUUCCCUGUGUGACACAAGAUAUCAUGAAGUUAAAUUUGUCUGCUCCUCCCAAACUUUGCAAGCGAUUGCAGCUUUCCUCGUCACACAGAUAGUUGUGAUUGCUCCUGGGGGGAGAGAGCGGUCGGGUAGAGAUGGUGGGCUUGAUGAUCUAGGAGGGCCGGGUGUUCUGCUGGAUAGCCCAGACAAGAAAAAGUGCAAGUCGAACGCACAGGCUCCUUUCUUCGCUCCCCUAUCUGAGUAUGCUCCACCACCAAACCGAACUGCCGACCACCUAGUGGCUGCCAAUCCUUUUGAUGACAACUACAACGCACCAUCUUUCAAGCCUCUGUCCUCUGGGAACCCAUAUUUUGGCCACCCGCACUACCCUGGCUGCAGUGGCUAUGGCCUGCCCAGGAUGGACCACCUCAUGCCAAAUAGGAUGCCAUCUUCUUACAGGGGUCCCUACCAGAUACGAAACCAGCUCCACCCUUUUGCCCAGACUCAAAUGGGAAUGGGGUUCAAUCGACCCCCUGACUUUAACUAUGGUUACCAUGAAAAUCCCAAUUACGGUAACCAUCCACCAUUAAGCAACAACAACAGUAACAUGCCACUUCCACCCAAUCAGCCUUUUAGACCAGGUCCCCAUGACAACUUGAAUCAGGUGCAUCUGCAUAAUGUGACCCAAAGCACUUCUCCUGACAUGGGCCUGAGCUUUAGAUCAGCAGUCAAUCCAAUUGGGAAUCCACCUCCCCAACCCGGCAUGGACCCUAGUCCUGGUUUUACUCGGCAGCAGCAAAACAACAGAUUUACCCAGUCCAAUACACCUACACCUAAACAGGACAUGAGUGAGGUGGUGUCAAGCAAAAGUACAUCCCAGAAUACAUCUCCACGGAAACGAAGCCAUGGCUCAGAGGAGAUCAUGGGUCAGAAAAACUCUGUCGACCUGAAAUCAAAGAAUAGAGGCGCCCUGGUCUGUCAGGUUGCAAGUCAGCCUAACACCACAGAGAAAAUCAACGGCAUCAUCCACCCCAAUAAUGAUUCUCUGAAAAAGUCCCCACAGUCAGGCAGGCACAUGGAGGCAGCCCCCCUGGAGCGGAGUAGAAGCAAUGGAGGUGGUGGUGUGGCCAUCAAUAAGACACUGAUGCAUCCCAACAGGCCUAGCCACUCCUCCAUGGAGCCUGUGUUUCCAUGUGGAGUAUGCCUGAAUGAAGUGAAUGAUGACCAGGAAGCUAUCCUGUGUGAGGCCUCAUGUCAAAAAUGGUUUCACAGGGUUUGUACUGGAAUGACUGAGACAGCUUAUAACCUGUUGACAGCAGAGGUGUUGGCAGUGUGGGGCUGUGACAUCUGCAUGGAGGAGAAAGGGGCACAGCUCCAUAGAACAAAGGAGCUAACAGGGCAGCCAGCAGGGCAGCAGCCAACAGUUAACAGCGAGUGAUACGAAUAUGAGCCAUCAGUAACAUUAUUAAUCUUAUGCUGGUUAUACUAUUUUCUUUGGUAUACUUCCUUUGUUGGUGAUUUUUCCUUACGUUUUUACGUAGGGUUUACGAAGGGUUAAAUUUGUACCAUUUUGUUGUUUUAUUUGACAUUUGGUAUAAUUUGGAUAGCAGUGUCUGUCCUGUGCUUAGACCGAUGCAAGAGCUAGACUGAAGUCCUGUUUAAUGUCAUAUGUAUUCCCUAUUUUUGGGCAGGUACCAUUGGCCAUGUUGACCACAAUAAUGUCAUUCUCUUAACAAGGUCCUUACUGUUUCGCUCAACUUUCCUGGCCUAUGGUUUAUAUAAGUUAUUAUAACAUCAGUAUGAGUAAGCUAUCCGGAAAGGUUAACUGAUUGACGGAUGCAAACGUAUUCAACAUUUUAAUCAGAUAUUUUUUUUCAACUACUGUUAUAGUUUGACAGAUUUUGAGCAGUAUGAUUAUCAACAUUUUGGGAAACAGUCACAGCUGGAGUGGUGUUCCAAAGCCAAACACCUGUACUGUAUGCUAUACAACCAGGAUUGGAUCUGCAAUUUUUUUUGGGGAAAUGAUUCGAUACAUGUGGGUCGUUCCACCAAUUCGAUGCCUUUUGAGGUGUAUAACUUGGUGAGAAAAAAAACAGGGUUGAAGAUGUCAUCUUAAAUCACCCAUAAAUCCCCUCGUGACAAGGGAAAUGGAAGUUGUGUGUGCAACAGGGAGGGGAAAUUGAAUGCAAGCUUAAGAAAAAAGUAUAAAUGUUCAAUUUUUUUUGCCUGUU